AAAAAUAAAAAUUACAAUAGUAUAUAACAUUGAACAAUUAAUAAUUUUUACUGAAAAGUUCUAAUAUAUUUAAAAGUUAAUACUGUAUAUUUAAUUGACAUGCCAGGAGAUAUUUCUUAUCAUCAUGGCCAACGAACCCUGGCACGUCGUCGUAUCCCCGUGAUUAGUAUCGAUGGUUAUCAGUACAUGUGCUCCAAAAUUAAUCUUAAUGUCACGUAUGUUGUAUGUAAGUAUAAAAAAAUAAAAAAUUGCAAGUUUAGAGGACAAAUAGUCAAUAAUCGACUUGUCAUUUCGAAUGAUCAUAAUCGCGCUAUAGGAUCAGCAAUGCACAAGUCAUUUAUCAUUUUGAAGAAUCUUUGUUUAACGAGGUGAAAAAAGAACAUUUCAAGUCACUGAGAGUUAUUUAUGAUGAAAUGACUUUGCUUCAUUAUGAAGCCGCUGUUCAUGUCCCAUGGGUAAAUAUUAAAUCAAAAAUGUUAAGAUGGAGGCGACAAACAAGACCCCCCGUACUCAAUUCGAUAGAACAAUAUUUAAAUAUAAUUGAAAUGCCAGAAUGGAACUUUUUCACCAGUUACAACGCAACGAACAUAAUAGUCACAACUAUUGAAGACAAUGAUCAUUUUAAAUCAAUAAUUUACGCUGAUUUAGGAUUUUUACGAUCCUUAAAUAAUGUGACUGAACUUUUUAUGGAUGCUACAUUUAAAGUGAUUCCAAGAAAACCUGCAUUUCGUCAAUUGUUCACGAUUUUAGGAUUUGUCCAAGAUUCUGUUAUACCGCUUUGUUGGGUCUUAAUGCAAAAAAAAAGAUACAUCAGCUUAUGAAUCAGUUCUUACGUACUUCUCCUUAAUUUUGGCACCUCAUUUGCGUCCAUUAGCAAUCAACACUGAUUUUGAAAGUGCUCUAGGUAUCGCUAUUCUAAGGAACUAUCCAGAGGCUACUCAUACUCGAUGUUAUUUUCAUUAUUGCCAGGCGAUAAUGAAAAGAAUAAAGAAGUUGCGUCUUCUGAAUGCAAUAAAUGAAAGCAAUGAAAAUCGAUUGUUUUUACAAAAAUUAUUAGUACUACCUCUACUUCCUCCUGAUGAUAUUGAAUUGGCAUUUUACUGGAUUCUCAGUACUACUGCACCAGUACUUUUAUUGCAGUUUAAGAAGCUAUUAAAGUAUUUUCAUAACCAGUGGAUAAGAAGAACAAGGCCAGAUGUAUAUUCUGUUUUUCUUAGAGUUUUUAGAACAAAUAACUUCUCCGAGGCUUAUAAUAAAGUAUUGGCUCUACGGUUUGGAACUCAUCCAAAUAUUUGGGAUUUUACAGAAAAAAUUGUUCUUUUACAAGAAUUAAAGCGUAUCGAGUAUGAAUCAUUACAAAACGGCAAUCGAAUAACGGAGCAAUCUCGAAGUCGUGAAACCUUAAAAAAUGAAAUUAUCCAUAGCGCUUGGGUUUUAUACCAAAACAACCAAUUUGGUAUUCCGCAAUUUAUUAACUGUGUGAGCUACUUCAUCAAUGAACUUAAAAGUGGAAGAGAUGUUGAUGUUCAACAAAUUCAUAAUUUCAUCGCUGAAAAUCCAAUUGAAAUUGAAUUCGUUGUUGGUGAACAUAUCACAGACUGUACGAUGUGUGAACUAAGAAUGACCAAUCAUAUUUGUCAGCCAUGCAACCAUUGGUUUGGAUGCUCUCGGUGUGUGCAAAACAUGCGAGUCUUUCUUGCUCGCGUGCAAGCUAAUUUGCGUUGCCCAACUUGCGACAAUGUUAUAGCAUCAUUUGAACAGAUUUUUUGAAUAUUUUCUGACAUUAAUGAUUUAUUUAAAUACAAAAAAAAAUUUU